CCAGGUAAAGCUGGCCCUCCUUGUCUCUCCCAAGUCUUGAAGACAUACUUAAUCAAUUUUUAACCCUUUAAUUCUUAUCUUCUGUGAGCUCUGAAGCAAUGGUAAAAGGAUUGGAGGAGUUAGGAAAGUGCUGUUGAUUCCUUUUAUUGUUGAUCUUUUUCUAGUCAUAUUCUAGCACUUGUUCUGUUUGGUUUAUUUUCUUGAGAGUAAAAACUAAAACGAGGUUCAGGGCAUACUAUAAGAGGUGAAUUUAAUACAUUAACAGAUGUAAUACAUUCGUUUUUUUUGAAAGAUAAUAUAAAAAAUAAUUAUUUUUAUUGUGGCAUGUAAUUGGAUGUAUUUGUAAAUUAAAUUCUUUUAAACAUUAGCCUGAAAAGAAAAUGUGCAAGUUUCAUUGAACCUUGAAAAGGGAUCGAGAUGGGGGGAGGGGCGGCGGGGGCACCCGAUUUCUUCUACAAGGAAGCUCAGCGCCUUGGCUAUGUUGCUCGCUCUGCCUUCAAGGUUCUCGAAACUUCUGUUUCUUCUUCUUCUUCUAACUAACUAACUAACUUUGAGUUAACAGCUAGUACAGAUACAGAAGCAGCACAAGCUCAUCAAGGCUGGCUCAUCCGUACUGGACCUCGGCUGUGCUCCGGGUGCUUGGCUUCAAGUUGCUUGCCAGAGCCUCGGUCCUCCCAAUCAUGGCGGUUCCGUUCUCGGCAUCGAUCUCAAGGAUGCCAUCUAAUUUAAAGCAGGGUCAGGAUGCUCACAACACUGGGAUUCAUGUUGGCACCUUGAAAUGAGACCAGGGAGUGGAUGAAGAAAACUGUCUCAGCAUCAAUGGCAGUGCAACUAAUGCUACCGUUUCUAGAGCACUCACAUAGAACUAUGCAUAAGCUUAAGUCUUUCUACUUUGGACAACUUUCACCCACUACAAAUUUAGCAUAUUAAAUUGACUGGUCCAUGCCUAAGCAAAGUGCUAUUAGAACACGUAUAGUUGUAAUGGCUGGCCAAGAAGGCCCUACAAUUACAAGAACAAAAAGAAAAAGUGCUACUCAACAUGGUGGUUCGACAUUGCUUGAUCUUCUGCAGGCUCUAGAAGAUUAUUUGCCGGUUCUUUUGGGGUUAGUCAAUGAUGGAAGCCAUUUACAAUAUAAAGUAUAAUUUGUUUGGGUGAAUCAAGAGGAUGAUGCUGAGGUAACUCCAACCAUUUUUCAUAAUAUGUCUAAUGGUUGGUAUGAAGUGUUGUCAGUUUUACAUUUGAUGGCAAUGCUAUUACUAUUACAGGCUAAUUUUUUACUGCUUCCAAGAUCAUCCACUGAUGGUUAUCAGCUUAAGGUAUCUGAAGAAAGCAGACGAGCUUCUGUUGAUAUCUUCUUAAAGGCUGCUGGAUAUCUGGAUUGUGCUGUCAAACAUGUUCUUCCCCAGUUGCCGGCCGAACUCAGGAGGAAUUUACCAGUAGACUUAGCAGAAGGAACGCUUCGAGCACUCUCUCUACAGGCAUUAGG